CCAAUUUGAAAACCGCUUUCCUUCCCCCUCGCCUUUCCUCCCCCGGAGAACCUCUGCUUUGCUCGCGCACAGUCUCCUCGGGCGGCGCGCCUCCCCAGUCGGCAGUCGCCGGCCGCCAUGGCUGCUGCUGCUGCUGCCUCCGAGGUGAGGGUCGCGAGCAGGAGGAUCGUUGACUACCUCAACGACGGCGAGGAGCUCGGGGUCGAGGGCGCCGGGGCGGAGGCGCCGCCGUGCACCCCCGCGGCGGCGGGGCAGGGGGCGAGGUCGGUGCGGCCUGGGUCGGUGCUGCCGAGGUUCAGGUGGCCGCGGCUCGUUAGCCUUGGCAGAAAGGGCGGCGCCGCCAAGGGGAAGGGGAAAGAGGUGGUCGUGGUGGAGAAGGGCGACGACCCGCCACGGGCGGGGUCUACCUCAGAUGGAGUCAUGGAGAUGAGAAUAAUCGUCAACAUCAGUAACCCUGUCGGCUAUGCAUUUCCAGCUCGCGAGCCCGCGGCCGCAACCGACGCGAAGCACUCGGACCUCGGCGUCGGUCUAAGCCUCGUGUUCCUCCUGGCCAAGACGUCCGACGAGUUCAACAAGAUGGUCAAGGUGCGCACGGAGAUGGAGGCCCUCCUGAAGGAGAUCAGAGACGAGGUCAGGAGCAAGGAUCGCCACGGCGAUGCGCCGAAAGCUAGCAACCGCGAGUCCACCACGUCGAGCUGCGUCACCGACGGGAACGACCGGAGCUCUAGUGCCGGCGUGGAGUACCAGGCCGGCACGUCGUCCGGCGUGGAGCCGGCGAGCUGCGAGAAAUCGUUCCAGGAUGGUGGUUGCUCCGCGAGGAUGGACGUGCUGGAGGAGGAGUUCCACGCCGAGCUGGGGAUGCUCAAGGUUAAUUACGGUUCAGAAACCCCGUCAUUUCUGCCUGAAGAAGGAGAGGAAGAACACUAUUCAGAGCCAUACGAUGUGAUGGCCGGCUACGGAAAUGGAGUUGAUGACGAUUCAGGGGAAGUUGUUGAGGACGAAGAACAAGACGACGACGACGGCGACGACGAUAAUGCCUGUUAUAAUGGAGUUUCUGCUGUUGAGCUGGAGAGGAGGCUCCACGAGCUUCUCCAUGAAAGGAACCGGGACCGGAUCGAGGAGCUGGAAGCCGCGCUGCAACGCGCGGAGAAGAAGCUCGUCGAGAAAGAAAUGGAGGUGUCUCUGUGGAAGGACACGGCUAAAUUGGCGCUGAGGCAGGACAAUGAGCUGCAAUGAGGAGAUUGCGUGGAGUUGGCAUACCUCUUGUACACAACUCGUCGGUUGUAUAUGACCACACGCGAAGGGGGAAUUUUGGGCAAACGUCCGGAUUUGCUACGGUCAACUGCAGAAUGGAUCUUCUGCAGAAGAUAUACUAGUGAACCUGUUCAUACCAAAGCUUAGUAUUAGCCUCUUAGAUUGCCAGGGCACGUUUUGAUUUUGGGUGAAAUCAGUUGAAUACCGCCUAAGUUAGCCUGACUGAUGUACGAAUCCUUGUGACGUUUGACACCGCAAGUUUCAGCAUAUCUACAUGGGCAUGGCUUGGAUCACAUGUGAAAAAUCUAGCUUCA